AUGUCCAAGCCCUCCUACGCCGACGAAAAGCAGAUAGAUCCCUUCUAUCCAGCUGCUGGUGAGGAUCAAAAUGAACACGGGACUGUCCCCGUCGAAGGCUUCAGUGCCUUGAUUGCUGAGGACCACAAACAUGAGAUCAAGCUUCGAACUAUGUCCUGGCAGAAGGCAGCCUGGUUGCUCGCUGGCGAUCAGGUCUGCCUUGCCAUCAUGGCCCAAACAUGGUCGCUCUCCGUCCUUGGCUGGGUGCCUGGUAUCAUCACCAUGGUUGGCGCGGGUAUCCUUUUCUGGAUCACCUCCAUUACCAUGCACAAAUACAUCAUGAAACAUCCUCAAAUCAGGGAUAUUUGUGACUUCGGGUAUUACGCCUUUGGCAGGAGUCGAAUCGCAUACGAAUGGACUGGAUUUAUGCUGCUCGCUAACAACAUCCUCCUCAUUGGCUUCCACGUCCUCACUGGCGCCAAAGUCCUCAACACUCUGUCGAACCACUCCCAGUGCACUGUCGUUUUCUCAGUGAUCGUCAUGCUCAUGGGUAUUGUUAUGUCAAUUCCCAGAACCUUACGACAUGUCUCGUUCAUGUCAAUGUUCUCAGCUUUCUGUAUGGGAAUUGCAAUCCUCCUCUUUCUGAUCUUCUCGGGCAUCGAGGCACAUCCCGGUUACGGGUAUUACGGGACUUAUCCUGCUGCUGGGGAGGUCAGAACCUACCCAUUCCCUCUUCCUGGCACUACCUGGGUCGACUGUCUAAAUGCAACACUCAACAUAACAUUUUUAUGGGUGCCCCAGAUACUAUUUCCAACCUUCAUUGCAGAGAUGGAAAAGCCUCAAGACUUCCCUAAGUCGCUUGCCGUUCUCACGGCCAUCUCGGCAUUCUUGUUCAUCUGCCCCCCGGCAAUUGGGUUUCACUACCUGGGCCAAUAUUCGACUGCUCCAGCAUUCGGCAGCUUGGGCGUCACGGCAUACAAGAAAGGUUCCUUCGCCUUCGUUAUUGUGCCAACGCUCGUUAUCGGCGUCAUCUAUGCCAACGUCACGGCCAAGUUCAUCUACUUCCGCGUCAUGGGAAGAUCUCGCCACGCCCACAGCAACACUGUCACCGGAUGGGGCAUUUGGAUCCUGGUCAUGGCCGGCAUCUGGAUCCUCGCAUUUAUCUUCGCUGAAGUUAUCCCCAGCAUGGGAGACUUUCUCUCUCUUCUCGGAGCGGCAUUCGAUUCGUUCUUCGGCUUCAUCUUCUUCGCCGUGGCCUAUUAUCACUUGUACAAGGGGAGACUAUUCCACGGCGUGUAUAGGUCGAUUAUGACGGUCAUACACGUCCUUGUGAUGUUUGUCGGACUGUUUUUGCUUGGACCAGGUCUCUAUGCUGCUGUCAAGGCUAUCAUGGCGGACUACUCUGGGUCCACUACGCCGGCAUUUAGCUGCGCAGAUUUAUCCAUCUAG